ACAUCAGAUUUUUUUCCAAAAUACCCUAAUCCAUCCCCUCACCCUCGUCUCUCUCUCACCGAACCCAUAUCAGAUCAAUGUGGUGGCUAUGGAGUAUAGUUCAUAUAAAGAAGUGCAGGUAUCUGGAGAACAACGGGUGUGUAGGAAUGAGUCUGAAUAUGUGCAAGAUUCUACUCAAGAUUUCUUCACCAAUGAAUUUGGGCUUCCAUUAACCACGAUUCCAAAUUUUGAAGAUAUGAGUUGUGAUAUCUUUUACAUGUUGGUAAGAGAAGGAUCAUUUAAAUGGUUGCCUGGCAAGCGGUGCUCCUACAAUGAAGAAUUUGAAGAGAUGGGAAGGCCUCCAUCUGCGAGGAAUUGGAUGAGAGAGGGAGACGAGCAAGAGGGAUGGAAACAAUGUUGAGAGAUUUGAAGAGAGAGAGAGAGAGAGGCUCAGACAUGAGGGAGGAAUUGGGUUUCGAGGGAGGUGAGGGAUGUCUAUUUCGGUGCGGUGUGUCCCAUUCCUAGUCUAAUGGGUGGGCUACGUGGCAUACUACUAUUGGAGGCUGUUCUCAGCCCUACAUCAGAGGAACCACUCAAAAGAUAUUCUCAUACCCAUAUAUGUUGUAGUAUGCACUAGCAAAUUACAUAUGGAACUAGGCACCCAUCUCACCCAAAUCAUUAUUUUUUUGUCACACAUUAAUUUUAAUUAUAUUUAAGUCCACUAGUAGUAAUAUUUUCGGUUUAGGUUAAUGUUUAGGACCUUGCAACUAGUACUGUCCUUGACUUUAUUAGCAAAUUUACUAGCAAAUCACUUGCCAUCCCCCCCCCCCCCAAAAUGAUGAUUUUUUUUUUCUUUUUUCUUGUUGUCACUGUAUAGCAUAUAGUAGAAUGUCUAAACUUGUUGGACAUCCAAAAUAAUUAGCACAAUAAUGGUAAUACUAUGUUUUGCAAUAGUAUUCUUUGUUUUA